GCGUCGUUUGUUUUAUGGAGAGUUUUUGUUUCGUGAUGUCAGUAUGAGAAUUUAGGUUCUCAUUUUAUUAUUGCGUGAAGAAAUAGCUUCGUUCUCUAAAAUCUGCCUAGUUGAUUCAGGUAUUUGCUAAGGAAAUUUUCUUUCACGGUUGUGGUGUUUUUUAAAAGAUUGUCAUGGAUAGUGAAGAGAACGUGCCUCCUUCUCAAUCCAGGAGUUCUCAAUCUGCUCUGAAGCCUCAGAAGGAUGCACAAAAACCUAUAGAUUAUUCCUAUGAGGAAGAGAGAAUAAAAUCUUUUGUAACUUGGGAAGUAUAUUAUCCAGUUGAUCCUGUUCGCUUGGCCAAAGCUGGUUUUUAUCAUUCUGGCCGUGGCGAUGAAGUUAUUUGCUUUAGUUGCAAGGGUCAUGUAAAAAAUUGGAAUUAUGGUGAUGUCGUUUUGAAGAAGCAUGCUGAAUUAUUUCCAGACUGUGAUUUUGUGAAUAACAGGUCAAAUAAUAUUCCUAUUAUUCCGCCAAAGAAAUUUCAAAAUCACUUGAGAGGCAAUAAUGGGAAAGUGCCUGUUUCCAACCAGGCAGCUAAAGUGUCUCAAGGUGUUGGCAAUAUUGAUUACAAUAAAAUGCGAUCUGUUCAAGAAAGACUAAAAACAUUUGCUUGUAACUGGCCAUUAUCUUAUGUUGAUGUAUCAAAAAUAGCCCAAGCUGGAUUUUUUUAUCUUGGACUUGAAGAUAAAGUUCAGUGUCCAUUUUGUAAAGGUAUUGUAAGUAACUGGGAAGAUGCAGAUGAUCCAUUAAAAGAGCAUAUGAAACACUUUCCAUGGUGUGACUAUUUGUCAGGGAUAAUAUCAGGUUUCAAUCAUAAAAAAAUGCCAUGGUUCAAAGUUGAUUCUGAAGAUGUAUGUGGCAAUACAAAUAAAAGCGUCAGUAUAGCAGAAAAAUGCAAACUUCUUGAUAAGAAUCAAGAACACAUGAACCUUACGAGAUUAGGGGUACACUUAUACAGUGAUCCAGCACAUCCUCAGCAAGCAUCUUAUAGUGCUCGAUUACGAUCCUUUUCCUCAUGGCCCGAUACUGCUCCUAUUGCUGGAGAAGAGUUGGCAAAGGCUGGAUUUUUUUACAUAGGAAUCAGUGAUCACACAAAAUGUUUUCACUGUAAUGGUGGAUUAUGCAACUGGGAACAAGGUGAUGAUCCAUGGAUGGAGCAUGCGAAAUGGUUUCGCAACUGUGAAUUUUUGCGAUUCAAUAAAGGAGAGGCUUUUAUUGCAGCUUGUGUAGAAAAACAGCACUCAACUGAGAAACUUGAGUUGGAUAUUCCUACACAACAAUCUUCUUUAACAAGUCCCGAGUCUCUCUUGGCCAAAGUGGAUGAAUUGAUGAGUUCGAGUAUUGUAAAAAAAGUCCUGGAAAGCAGUGUUUUCCCUCCUUAUAUCAUUAGAGCUGCUAUACUCCGACAGUUGAGAGACACGGGGAAUUCAUUUUCUACUGUGGAUGAAUUGUGUACUGCUGCAUCAUACCUAAAAGAUGAAAUGUUGCAAGAACCAUCGAGACAAAAUUGUGAUCCGUCUGAUCUAAAUAUACAAGGUAUUGACAUGAGCAAGUGUGCUAUUGGUUCUGAUGGCCACGAUGUUAAUAUGGAGAGUAGUGGAGACAAUUUGCAUGGGGCAUCAAAUGCGCUACCGAAGGUGAAUGGAAAACUCAAGGAAUAUGGAGGUACUCUUCCCAAAGACCAAUGCUUAUGUAAAAUUUGCAUGGAUAAAGAAGUUGGUAUUGUGUUUCUUCCAUGUGGCCAUCUUCUUGCUUGCACUGAUUGUGCACCGGCUUUAAAGCUGUGUCCUAUGUGUCGAAAAGCUAUACAAGCCAUCGUCAGGGCGUAUUUACCAUAAAGUUUUGCCCUACUUUGUAUAUAUUUCUUUGUAUUAUACAUAAAUGUGUGUUUCAUGUGAAUUGAAAAAAUAAUAAUAAAUGUUAAUAUCGGAUACGAAUUGUCUCUAUUGAAUUCUGAUAUUUAGGAUGCUUCUUUUCAGAAUACAUCAUAACCAUUCAAUAUCAUAACAUAAUUGAAAACGGCUUUAAAGCUGUGUCCUAUGUGUCGAAAAGCUAUGCAAGCCAUCGUCAGGGCGUAUUUACCAUAAAGUUUUGCCCUACUUUGUAUUUAUUUCUUUGUAUUAUACAUAAAUGUAUGUGUGUUUCAUGUGAAUUGAAAAAAAAUAAAUGUUAAUAUCGGAUA